CAAAACACACAAAAAACCCAUGAAACAACACAGCCGGUACGGCACCGUUCCGCGGAGUAAAGAAGAGGUUUCCACUUCUCAAUUACAGUAGAGCUUCAGUCGCCAACAAAGAGUCGGGAACUAAGAAACAGCAAACAGCGGUAGCGGCAGCGGUGGAAAAGCAGAGAACAAAGAAAAGAUGGGAAAGAAAACAAAGAAGCCCGGCAAAGGAAAAGAGAAAACGGAAAAGAAAACUGCAAAAGCUGAGCAAAAAAGGGCUCGCAGAGAGUCCAAGAAACUCUCCCCCGAAGACGAUAUCGAUGCUAUUCUGUCGAGUAUACAGAAAGAGGAAGCUAAAAAGAAGGAAGUUCACAUCGAAGAUAAUGUCCCUUCCCCAUCUCCUAGAUCGAAUUGUUCGCUAACAAUUAAUCCGUUGAAAGAGACGGAACUAAUUCUCUAUGGAGGUGAGUUUUACAAUGGGAACAAGACAUUUGUAUAUGGUGAUUUAUAUCGGUAUGAAGUGGAAAAGCAAGAAUGGAAAUUGAUUUCAAGCCCCAACAGCCCGCCUCCCCGAAGUGCCCAUCAGGCGGUUGCAUGGAAGAAUUAUCUCUAUAUUUAUGGGGGUGAAUUCACAUCUCCCAAUCAAGAGCGUUUUCACCACUACAAGGACUUCUGGAUGCUGGAUUUGAAAACAAACCAGUGGGAGCAACUGAAUUAUAAAGGUUGUCCUAGUCCACGAUCAGGUCAUCGAAUGGUCUUGUACAAGCACAAAAUCAUAAUUUUUGGAGGCUUCUAUGACACUCUUAGAGAAGUGAGGUAUUUCAAUGACUUGCAUGUAUUCGACCUGGAUCAGUUUAAGUGGCAAGAGAUAAAACCUAGACCUGGAUGCUUGUGGCCAAGUCCUCGAAGUGGUUUCCAAUUUUGUGUUUACCAAGAUGACAUUUAUUUAUAUGGAGGUUAUUCAAAGGAGAUUUCAUCUUCAGACAAAAAAGUUUCUGAGAGAGGAAUUGUUCACUCAGACAUGUGGUGCCUUGAUCCUAGAACUUGGGAGUGGAAUAAGGUGAAGAAAAGUGGGCUGCCACCUGGACCUCGUGCUGGUUUCUCUAUGUGCGUCCAUAAGAAGAGGGCCUUGCUCUUUGGGGGAGUGGUGGAUAUGGAAAUGGAAGGUGACUUGAUGAUGAGCUUAUUCUUGAAUGAAAUUUAUGGCUUCCAAUUAGACAAUCAUCGCUGGUAUCCAUUGGAGCUGCGAAAGGAGAAGGCAACAAAAGAUAAGUUAAAAAAAGAUUCUGCUGAGAUGCUCAAUGAUACGGAUCUCGAGAGCAAGACGAGGGUGGCAGAAAGGCAAGAUAUUGUAUCAUCUGAUGAGGAUGAAAAUUCUGAUAGUGAUGAUGCUGGCAUGGAGAGUGACAUAAAGAAUGUAUCUGUUAAUUUGGAUAGAAAUUUAGUGGUUAGUCAUAGUGAGAAAGCUUCUGGACCUAACAAGAGAUUCUCCGUGCAGAACUCUGUUAUACCAGAGAUAGUGAAACCUUGUGGUCGAAUCAAUUCUUGUAUGGUUGUUGGAAAAGAUACGUUAUAUAUUUAUGGGGGCAUGAUGGAAGUUAAAGAUCGAGAAAUUACACUUGAUGAUCUGUAUGCACUUAAUCUUAGCAAACUGGAUGAGUGGAAGUGCAUCAUUCCGGCAUCUGAAUCAGAAUGGAUUGAAGCCUCGGAUAACGAAGAUGAAGAUGAAGAUGAAGAUGAAGAUGAAGACGAAGAUGAUAGUGAACAUGAAGAGUCUGGCAGUGGAGAUGACAGUGAAGAGUCGGGUGAUGAAGAUGACGACACGGAGGCUACCAAUGGUGCUGCUACAUCGCUUAAAAUGGGGGAUGCUGUUGCUAUAAUAAAGGGAGAAGGAAAAAGCCUUCGGAGGAAAGAGAAACGAGUCAGGAUUGAGCAGAUUAGGGCCAGCUUGGGUCUUUCUGAUUCGCAGAGAACGCCGAUGCCUGGAGAAUCUCUGAAGGACUUCUACAAGCGUACAAAUAUGUACUGGCAAAUGGCUGCAUAUGAACAUACACAACACACUGGAAAGGAACUCCGGAAAGAUGGAUUUGAUCUUGCCAAAGCUAGGUACAAGGAACUCAAGCCAAUACUCGAUGAGUUGGCUAUCUUAGAGGCGGAACAAAAGGCAGAAGAGGAGGAAGCAGCGGAGACUAGCAGCUCCAGAAAGAAGGGCAACAAGAAGGGCAAAGUCUCAGCAGCCAAAUGAUGUGAAUUGUUUGCCUCACAACCAAGGUGGGGAUCGAGUAUUGUGCUUUUUCGUCUUGAUUUUUUUUCUGGGUUUAUGCGUCUCUAUGCUUACCGAAGAUUUUGACUAUGGUUUUUUUAGUAUGCUUGUCUAUGUUCGGGGUUAGGUAUGUUGACGAUUAUUUGAAGUUGAGAAAGUUCAUUGGCAGUGACAGCCCUUGAGAAAACUGAGUUCUUGUUUGGUUUUGUUUUCAUUCUCGAUUUUCAAUUUUGAAUAAUUUUAGGUGCGAAUUUGUUCUUGUAUUGUGUUUGGAUGUGUGGAAGAUGUUUGUACGAAAAGACGUUAUGUAAUGAAAGUGGUCUUGGUUGGUAAUUUUUGGGA